CCUACAUCGUGUGCGGCCUCUCAAAAAUCAACGCUCCAACUUCGGAAUACUUUACUGUGAUAGCCAACAAUGGGCAAUCGUUCGUCUCGAAGACGUGCCGCUCACAACCGCACUAUGGCGCAGAUGCAGGAUCUCGUGAGGGCCCAGCAGCAGCAAGCAGAGGCCGCGCAGGCGGAGCAGCAAAGGCUAGAAGCCGAGAGACAGCGAGCGGCGGAGCAGCAGCGCAUAGCUGAAGAGCAGCGUAUCAGAGCAGAAGAAGAGGCCAGACGGAGGGAGAUGGAGCGAGUAGCCGCGGAUGAGGCCAGACGGCACGCGGAAGAGUCUGCAAGAAGAGCGGAAGAAUUGAUGCGACAGGCAAACGAGGACAAGCAUCAGGCGGAGGAGCUCCGCAGCCGUGCUGAAGAGGAGAGGCAGCGCGCGGAGGCGGAGAGAGUCCGUGCAGACGAGGAAGCAAAGAGGGCUCGGGCCGAGCAAGAAGCAGCCCAGCGAGCCAGAGAAGCUUCAGAGAAGGCUGCAGAGGAGGCCAGGGUAGCGUUGGAGAAAGCCGAGCAGGACCUGAGGGAGGGCAUCAGGCCCAUCGUCCUCCCCAAUGAGGAGGAGUUCGAGCAGAAGAAGAAAGAGCUUCAGUAUCAAGAAGGAAUCUUCCACUUUGCCAUCGCCGGCGUCUCGGGCAGCGGCAAGUCGUCGCUGCUCAAUGCGUUCCGCGGCCUCCGUAACAAGGAUAAAGGCGCGGCUGCUACUGGCAUCACAGAGACGACGAGCGCCCCCACUCGGUAUCCCGACCCUGACCCCAACAACCCCUACGUAUGGUACGACAUUCCCGGCGCAGGCACUCUGAACAUCCCAGACUGGGUGUACUUCAAUACUCAAGGCCUUUACAUCUUCGACUGCAUCAUCGUGCUGUUCGACAAUCGUUUCACCGAGACGGACGUCGCUAUCCUGCGGAAUUGCGCGCGGUUCAGGAUCCCUGCGUACAUCGUCCGAUCAAAGUCGAGACAGCACAUCCGUAAUCUUGCAGAUGACCUCGUGCAGGGAGAGGACGAGAGUGACGCUGAGUUGAUGGCGCGGGCGCGAGAGCAGUAUAUCUCGCAGACUCGCCAGAGCGUGGCGCGUAAUCUUGACGCUGCACAGCUGCCAAACCAGCGGGUCUAUAUUGUAGACAAGGAAGCAAUGGUGUCGGUGGUGAAGGGGAAACACGCAAAGGAUGCCCUUGAUGAACCUGAAUUAAUUCAGGAUCUCAACAUUGAAAUGGAGAAGAGACGGCCGGUCGAGUGAACUGGGAGCGCCUUGGAGUAUUCGAGCACUUGAGGCAUGUCACAUCUUUUAUCCGACUCUGUCUAUCUGAUAGUCUGUCCAUUCUGAUUGAAUACAUGAGGAAGCUUUAGAUCUGCGCCCUUGCGUCUAGUUUGGGGUGUACUUGUACUUCUAGCUGUUUCCAUUUCCUUGAAUCUGUAAGUCACGUCCGGCUAGUGCCUCUCACAUCGCUCCAAUAUAUAUCUGCCGCCUGCAUGCU